CAUACGGAGACAAGCCCAGACCGAGGUAGGGAAAAAGUAAAGAUUUGUUGGCUGUUAUUUCUCAGUAGAAACCUCCGCCUCCCGGUGGAGGCAGAAAAAAACAAAUCCGACUUGGAGUAGAAAUCAAAGGGUUGAAGUCGGGAGCUUGUUUUUCUUCAUUCACCUGAACUGUAAAAGCCUCAAGACAAUACCUUCCUGCACAAAACCGUCGUUGUCGCCACAAUGUGGGGCCUUUUUUCUGCAUUUUAAGUGUUAGUUUGCCUCCUGUAUUGGACCAUAUGUUUCAUAGCUGUCACAUCGUUUUUCAACAUUUCCUCGGGAACAGACAUGCGGGUGAUUUUCCUCCGGCCGUAAUCAGCUCUACCUGGAAAACUGGUUGGCGAUUAGAAAGAACAUUUUGACAAAUCAUCGCUGUUGUUGUUGUUUUUUUUUCUCUCAUGUGUUGAGAGUGUGAGCCUAAAUCAUAUCCAUGUAGCCCCUCCUCUUUGUGCUGCAACAGCAACGCUGACGAAGGGCCAAAACACCACAGGGCUGCGAGUCAGUCUCACACCAAACACAGAGGAAGACGGAGGAUCUCCAGAGAGUAGACGAGCACAAGAAGGGAUCAAGUGCAAGAAGAAGGAUAAACUCACACGGACCCGUGAUCCCUCCUCUGUUGGAUUUUAUUCUUGUGUUUGUGAGUAAAGACUGUAAACGAAACAGGUUUUCUUCCCUGUUUUCUUCCUUUCCUUCCUCACUCUGGAGAACACCUUUCCUCUGUGAACUGUAGCACUAUGGAGCCUUUAAGUUAUGAACAGUUAAGUCCGGUUCAUGCUGUAGAUGUGUAUAUGUGUGUUUUUAGUUGAUUGAAUAGUUUAUGUCAGAGUAAUAACAAUGGUUGAACCGGUGGGGUUUGUGGAGGCAUGGAGAGCCCAGUUCCCUGAGUCUGAUCCCCCGUGCAUGGAGCUGAACUCACUGGGGGACAUUGAGCAGGAGCUGGACAAAUGCAAGACAUCCAUCAGGCAGCUGGAGAAAGAAGUAAACAAGGAGCGCUUUCGGAUGAUCUAUCUGCAGACUCUGCUUGCAAAAGAGAGGAAGUCUUAUGAUGGGCAGAGAUGGGGAUUUAAAAGGACGCCUCAGACUAGAGACGGAGACCUGCCCAGUGGCCCAGAGAGCCAGAGGUCCCACACAGAUGAGGCACCAGUGGAGGAGCAGCACCUGCAGAGAGGGCAUGUGAAGACAGCGAGGUGUAAGCCACAUCCAGAGGGAGAGGUGGACGGUGCAUCCCCAGCCAAACAACGGGGCGGGGUGUCACCCGUCCGCCAGGAGUCCGAGAUUCCUGAUUUCCCUGUGGGGACAGGCUCGGUUGCAGCCCUGAGGUCCAACUUUGAGCGUAUCAGGAGAGCCAACUCUCACACGGCCGGGGAUGGCAGAGGGUUGUCAGUGAUGGGGGGCCAGGAGAAACCGUUUUACGUGAACAUGGAGUACCAUCACGAGCGAGGGCUGAUCAAAGUCAACAACAAGGACGUCUCAGACAAAAUCAGCACCCUGGGAUGUCAGGCCAUGCAGAUUGAGCGAAAAAGGUCCCUGCACUCUGUCCCUGGGAACCUGUCAGCUGCCACAGGGGACAUCAGCAAGGCUGUUCAGAGAGGCAGAUCCACUGAGGGGAACUGCAGCUACAACGGGUCAUAUGAUGACGGUGAGGUCAACCCACACUUCCUGAAAGACAGUGUGAUCCGUUCUACUGGGGGAAGGUCUGAGCGACAGACGGCUGAGUGCCAGCCUUACACCAGUGUGUAUGUUGGGGGAAUGAUGGCUGACGGGGACACCCGAGUCAUCCACAUUAGGGACCACAGCAUAGAGGAGGAUGCACACCUCACCUGGCCGAGGCGCUCAUACUCUCCUGGCAGCUUUGAUGAUGUAGGGGGAGGCUACACACCAGACUGCAGCUCCAACGAGAACUUAACGUCCAGCGAGGAGGACUUCUCCUCAGGCCAGUCCAGCCACGUGUCUCCCAGCCCCACCACCUACCAGAUGUAUAGGGAGAAAAGCCGCUCACCCUCCCAGCAGUCCUUUGACAGCAGCAGCCCACCCACUCCUCUCUCUCAGAAGCGUAUGAAGCAGCAGGUGAUGGUUUCCGAGGCCUCCAUCAUCGGGGUCCGUAAAACGGGCCAGAUCUGGCCCAGUGAUGGGGACUCCACCACGUCUAGCAGGACCUCUCAUGACAACAGUGUUCAAGGAGAUCUGGAGGCUCCUUACAACGACACCCCUCCGUCAUAUGGAUAUGACCUGGAGCCCUCAGAAGAGCACCAGCCUCGCCACGACCCUCUGUCCUACACUGGAUCUCCCUCCUCCUCACCACGGCUCCGCUCCAAAAGCCGGAGCAGCCGAGACACCCAGUCUUCCGGCUCCCUGGAAUCCACGCUGUCGGUGGAGUUGGAUCAGGAGAAGGGUUUGGAGAUGAGAAAGUGGGUUUUGUCAGGAAUCCUGGCCAGUGAAGAGACCUACCUCAGCCAACUGGAGGCCCUACUGAUCCCCAUGAAGCCUCUAAGGGCCGCAGCCACAACUUCCCAACCGAUGCUGACCAUCCAGCAGAUAGAGACCAUCUUCUUCAAAGUACCAGAGCUUCAUGAGAUUCACAAGGACUUCUAUGACGCACUGCUGCCCCGCGUCCAGGACUGGAGCCACCAGCAGUGUGUGGGCGACCUCUUCCAGAAACUGGCCAGCCAGCUCGGCGUGUACCGGGCCUUUGUGGAUAACUAUAAGGUUGCUGUGGAAACGGCCGACAAGUGCUGCCAGGCAAACGCUCAGUUUGCAGAGAUAUCUGAGAAUCUCAAGGUCAAAAGCACAAAGGACUGCAAAGACCAGUCGGCUAAAAAUUCACUGGAAACUCUUCUCUACAAACCUGUGGACAGAGUGACGCGCAGCACACUUGUUCUGCAUGACCUCCUGAAGCACACGCCCUCCAGCCACCCGGACUAUCCGCUGUUACAGGACGCCCUGCGCAUCUCCCAGAACUUCCUGUCCAGUAUUAAUGAAGAGAUCACCCCACGCAGACAGUCCAUGACAGUGAAGAAGGGAGAGAACCGUCAGCUGCUAAGGGAUCGUUUCAUGGUGGAGCUGGUCGAAGGUUCCAGGAAACUCCGUCACGUCUUCCUCUUCACUGACCUGCUGCUCUGCACCAAGCUGAAGAAACAGGCUGCGGGGAAAGGGCAACAGUAUGACUGUAAGUGGUACAUCCCACUGGCUGACCUGACCUUCCAGACUAUCGAGGACUGUGAGUCCACCCCCAUCCCUCUGGUCCAGGACGAGGAAAUUGACGCCAUGAAGAUUAAAAUCUCUCAGAUCAAGAAUGAGAUCCAAAGAGAAAAGAGAACCACCAAGGGACCCAAGGUGAUUGAGCGUUUGAGGAAGAAGUUAUCAGAACAAGAGUCUCUGCUGCUCCUCAUGUCACCCAACAUGGCGUUCAGAGUGGCUAACAGAAAUGGAAAGGGCUUCACAUUUCUGAUCUCAUCAGACUAUGAACGUGCCGAAUGGAGAGAGAUCAUUCGUGAGCAGCAGAAGAAAUGUUUUAAAAGCUUCUCUCUGACCUCUCUGGAGCUGCAGAUGCUCACUAACUCAUGUGUGAAGCUCCAGACUGUUCACACUAUUCCAAUGACCAUGAAUAAGGAAGAUGAUGAAUCUCCUGGUUUAUACGGCUUCCUGAAUGUCAUUGUCCACUCUGCAUCAGGGCUCAAACAGAGCUUAAACCUUUACUGCUCUCUGGAGGUGGAUUCUUUUGGCUACUUUGUCAACAAAGCCAAAACACGAGUGUACAGAGACUCUACAGAGCCAAACUGGAACGAGGAGUUUGAGAUUGAACUGGAGGGCUCUCAAACCCUGAGGCUGCUCUGUUAUGAGAAGUGCUGCAACAAAACCAAGCAGAGCAAAGAGGACGGAGAGAUCACGGACAAGAUCGUAGCCAAAGGACAGAUAAAGCUGGAUCCCCAGACCCUGCAAAGUAAAGACUGGCAGAGGACAGUCAUCGCCAUGAAUGGGAUUGAGGUGAAGCUGUCGAUGAAAUUCGCCAGCAGAGAGUUCAGUCUGAAGAGGAUGCCUUCACGGAAACAAUCCGGAGUCUUUGGAGUGAAAAUCAAUGUCGUAACUAAGCGAGAGCGCUCCAAGGUUCCUCUCAUUGUGAGACAGUGUGUGGAGGAGAUCGAGCGACGUGGGAUGGAGGAGGUGGGAAUCUACAGAGUGUCUGGCGUCGCAACUGACAUCCAGGCGCUGAAGGCUGCAUUUGAUUCAAACAACAAGGACGUGUCAGUCAUGAUGAGGGAGAUGGACGUAAACGCCAUCGCUGGAACACUGAAGUUAUAUUUCCGUGAGCUGCCAGAGCCUCUUUUCACUGAUGAGCUGUACCCCAACUUUGCUGGAGGCAUUGCUCUGUCUGACAGUGUGGCCAAGGAGAGCUGCAUGCUCAACCUGCUGCUGUCUCUGCCAGAGCCCAAUCUGGUCACCUUCCUCUUUGUGCUUGACCACCUAAAAAGGGUGGCUGAAAAUGAGAGCGUCAACAAGAUGUCUUUGCACAAUCUGGCCACAGUUUUUGGUCCCACUUUGCUGCGGCCCUCUGAAAAAGACAGCAAAAUCUCAAACAGCACCCAGCCAAUCUCCAUGAACGACAGCUGGUCUCUAGAGGUCAUGGCUCAGGUUCAAGUCCUUCUGUACUUCCUUCAGCUGGAGAGCAUUCCAACGCCUGACAGCAAACGUCAAAGCCUUCUGUUCUCUACUGAGGUAUAACAGGAACAUCACGCACUUGCCCAUAAAUGUCCUGUUCAGAGGGAAAGUGUCAGCUGCUUAAUGAGGUGGAAGCAGCCAUGGCCGGCUGCUUCACGGAGAAGAUGCGUAAUUCAGCCACCAGGGGGAACCAUCAACACAUUGUAAACUGGAAACAGCCACCAUGGCUAAAGCCAUUUCUUUUGGAGAUGCAAUGGUCAUGUUUACUUACAAGCUUACCUGCUGUGUCAGUAAAAGACAUCCCUAUAUGAUGUAUGGACAAUGAAUAGCAUUCCUUUUUUAAAUUUAAUUUAAAUUUCAAGACACAUUAGUUGCUGUACUUUAUCAUUUUCCCCCCACCCUGCUCUGUCACAGUCACAUUAGCUUCACAGAAGGUGAUUUCUGCUGUUGUUGGAUUGUUUCAGAUUUAUUUCUGUGGAUGGCUGAUGGAUGAAUGGUCGGAUGAACGGACAUAUUUUUCAUGUCUAUCCUUUUCUUUUUUUUUCCUAGAAAUGUUUGACUUGGUUGAAAGCUCACCUGUGCCAAUGUUUCCCUGCUGAGGACCAAUAGAACAUUUCAGUUACCCUAAUGUUUACACUCUCUUAAUUUUGUACAGAAUUUAACCGUAUGAGACUGAAAACUGUAGGUAUCACACAACAACAUGCAGGCAUGUUGACCUAACCAUUUGAAGUGGGGUUUUUUUCCUGUGCUAUACAAUUUGUAUAGUGUCCUUAUUCCAUUUGCAGGUUCUUCUGGUGGUGUCCGAGCCAGUUCUUGUGUUGAUAUGAGUGCUUUUUUGAAGGUGGUACCGAGAAGUGAGAGGCAAAUCAUUCCAGGAAAAGGCGAGGCUUACUGCUUCCACCCGUGGAAUGUAUACUGUGCUGUGUAUAUUUUUAAUUCUGCAGUUGUCUUUUGUCCAUAUUUCAUCUGUUUUGUGUCCGCAUUGUUUUUUUUUUAGACUGUCUAGUUUGAUUUAUUCAGCUGGAGUUAAUGUAUAUUUGUUGCUUUCUGCAUUCCUUGUAUGUAAUCUUCUACCUUUAUAGGACAAAACCACACUGCUGUAGAAAGGAGAGCACCUGGAGAUUAUCUGAAAUACCAAAUGUUCCCUAGUAGGACCCUUGAAGCACAGUGAAUCACUCAUAUCUCAAACCUCCCGAGUUAUUAACAGGUGUAUCAUCCACAUACCUAGUAUUACUUUCAAACUUCUGUGGAAAUAUACUGUUUGAUUGCAUUACAUUUUUUUCCCCAGAUCACCACAGGUAUACACUUGAUAGCACAAACUAUAACCUUCAGUGCUUGUGAUUCAUGUAAAAGAAGCAAUAAGUCUUAGUGAUUUAUAGAAUGAGCAAUGACCAGUGGGUCAUGUACGUGUGAUUUAUGUAAAUAAAAACUUGAUAACAUUA